ACGCAAGUAUAUAAUCCUUCUUGGAAUUGUAAUUACUGCCAUUACAUUACAUUAGAUUACGAGACAACAAAGUGAUACAAUAAAUAACACUAUUUCAUUUCACCAUGGACCUUCGCUAUAGAUCCUUAUUGUAGAGAAAAGCUUGUUUCAUUCAAGAUCAUUGCCUUCAUUUUGGAAAUUUGUUCGUAAACGAUAUAGAGAGAAGUACGUUGUUGCUACUGCUACGUAUGCAUCUCAUAUCUUGAUCAAAAAGAAGCUUAGUAGUGUGGAGGAGGUGGGGACUUGUAGACGUAUGGGGGAUGGGGAGACUUCUUUGGAGGAGGAGGUGAAGAGUAGUGGUAUGGAGGUGGAGGUGAGGGAGAUGGUGGAGGUGGAGACUUGUAGAUGUAUGGGGGAGGGGGAGACUUCUUUGGAGGAGGAGGUGAAGAGUAGUGGUAUGGGGGGGGUGGUGAGGGAGAUGGUGGAGGUGGGGAUUUAUAGACAUAGGGAGGAGGGGGGGAUUUCUUUGGGGGAGGAGGUGAUGAGUAAUGAUAUGGAGGAGGGGGGGAUUUCUUUGGGGGAGGAGGUGAUGAGUAAUGAUAUGGAGGAGGUGGAGAUUUCAAUGGUGGAGGUGGGGAUUUGUAGAUGUAUGGAGGAGGGGGGGAUUUCUUUGGGGGAGGAGGUGAUGAGUAAUGAUAUGGAGGAGGUGGUGAGGGAGAUGGAGGAGGUGAGGAUUUCAAUGGUGGAGGUGGUGAUUUGUAGUAAUAAGGCUCUUUAGCCACUACACUGGUGGCAACCACGCAAAAUGCUAGAGCAUAAAUCAUUUGUGACAAGAGUCCUGGCUGCCCC